AUGUUCACGCGGCGGUAUGCUUCGGUUAUUGUGUUCCUAGCGAUAUUGCUAGCCCUCUAUUAUCUGCCAGCAUCUCGAGAUACGCUGGGACAGCGGCCCUGGGCCAAUAAAGCCAUCCACGAGCCAACCGCAUGUUAUGGGCCGCGAGGGGGCCUUUUGUCCAACAACUCUGAUGAUCAGGUCACUCCAAUUGACCUUGACAUUCCCUAUCCUAUUGCUCCUUUCGGCUCUCAUGACGAACUCUCACUUUCCCGGACAUGGAUGACUGCGGACAUCAAAUACGGACCCUAUGGCUAUGGAGACGAGCGCGAGGGCUACAAUAGGAAGAAGGUGAACUGGGAGCACGUCAAUUGGGGAAGACUGCAAGACGCCUGUGCUGCACGAAAUCAAGCCCGUUUCGGGGCGAUUGCGAAUGUUUCCUCACGAGGGCGAAUGGUCCCACCAAAUCCGGUAGCACCCCGCUCUGCUUGGUCAAGAACCGAAAAGGUAACCGGGCGGACAGCCAUUGUUCUGAGAGGCUAUGACACAUACAACUACGCCCCGGAAGACUUAUUGAACAUCCGAUCUCUUAUUGUUGAAGCCGGCUUGAGCACUGGUGGAAACUAUGCUGUCUACCUCCUCGUCGACAUACGCGAAAAGGAGCACGAGAUUUAUAUGUCGGAGGCCAACUACACCGCAGCGCUCGAGAAGUUCGUUCCCGUCGAGCUACACAGCAUUGCUGUACUCUUCGAUGAGACCUUGCUGGAGAACUGGUACCCCAAAACCGCGACACAUCACCCCAAUUUCCAAAUAUAUCAACUGCUGCAACUUUUCGCACACUAUUACCCCGAGUAUGACCACUUCUGGCAGUUAGAGCUCGACGUGCGAUUCUCAGGACACACAGCCCACUAUUUAGAUGCACUGGAUGCUUUUGCGCGGAAGCAACCUCGGAAGCAGAGCCUAGAGCGGUCUUCAUACCUCUACAUACCGUCAAUCCAUGGUACUUAUGCUAAUUUCACAUCCCUAAUAGACGCCACUCUGGAUGGUGGCGGGGUAUGGGGCCCUGUCGAAAUCCCAGAUGUCAAGCCCGCUGGCCCAAAACCAAGCGUCUCUUCCCAAGAAGACGAAUUCUCCUGGGGCGUUGGCGAAGACGCAGAUCUCAUCGCUACAAACCCGUGCUCCAACGUCACCUGGACGGAGGACUGGGUGUAUAGAGACUGGAUACACAAUUUCCAGAAUGGCGUCGAUACACCACGUAUAUUCUGCGCACCAGCCAUCACGCGCUCUUCGCGUCGUCUUCUGGCCGCCGUACAUGAUGCGCAGGCUGAGAAGGGCCUCACGAUACCCUCGGAAGCGACGGUGUCGUCCUUUGCACUCUGGCACGGACUCAAAAUCGUCUUUCCCCCGCAGCCAAUGUACCAGAAUCCCCCGCGAGAUCUCAAGGAGAUGGAUGUAUUUUUCAAUGGCGGCCCGCCUAAUGCUAGCCGCGGUGCUAUGGCUAAAGGUGAUGGAUUCUACAAUGCGAGACCGCACUACGAUAUUACGAACACGGCUACGUGGUGGUGGAGCUCACCCUUCCCUGGGUACAUUUUCCGGAACUGGCUGGACCAGAAGGAGAAUGAAGAGCUGCCCUUCUUGUUGCAUAAGGAUGCGGAGGGGAGAGUCUGGGCUCCGAAUCUAGCGCUCCAUCCCGUCAAGACCAACUGA